GUCCUACGGCCCGUUCUCUCGAAUUAACGCAAUGAAGAAAGCAAUAAUUUGAAGGAAAGUUCAUUUGGCGUCCGCUAGAGGGACGACUACAACAUUUCCAUGACGACUGCUGCAGAACAACAUAAGUUGUUUGCUGUGCAGCUAUCAGUUUUGGACUUUUGACAAUGGAGGUAGUAUCUCUCGAUAUAUCGGCUUUACAAGCAGUGGAUGACUACUGGGAGUACAAAAGGAUUGUGGGCGAUGAUGAUGGAGGAAAACUGUUCACUCCAGAGGAAUAUGAGGAGUAUAAGAGGAAGGUGCUCCCCCAACGAAUAAAAAACAGGCUGUAUGUGAGCUUUGGGGUCCCAGGAGGAAUCGACUGCAAACUCAUUGGUCCUGAGACACAGUGUUUCUGCACACAUAGGUACAAGCAGCAUAAGACCGACUUUAAAGUGGUUCCCUCUGAGCGACCCCUGGCCCUACCCUGCCAGGUCAAUGGAUGUCACUGUCCUGCCUACCAGUAUAUUCCCAAAAUUGGGCCAAACCCUGUCCGCUGCAGGUGUAAACACUUACCUCAGGAUCACAGUGAAGCUACUGGCCAUUUGUGCAAAAAGUGCAGUUCCUGUUCUGGGUUCCAGAGCUCCUUCACCUGCGGGUGCGGCCAGCCCAGCUCUGCCCAUCAGACCCUGGUUGAGACAAAGCUAGAGAGGGAGGCACGCAGUCGGCCCAUUGGCAGGGAUGUCCCAUAUGCUGCCAUGGGGGGACUGACAGGGUUCAGCUCCUUGAUCGAUGGUUACCUCGCUUUGGAAGCCAGCAGCUCAGAUCAAGACAGAGAAGAUGGCUGCCAGCAGAGAUGCUCUGCAUCAAGGAUCAAAGAAAUGUCUACUAAAGCAUCCAGCUCCGCUCGCUUGAAGUGUCUGUCUUUGUCACUGUCGUGACACACGGGGAUAAUCAACUGUCAGCAACAGCGGUGAUUAAAUGUCAUCUCACAACUAAACAAUUAACUGACAAUGUAUUGAUCCGAUCAGAGCGUGGGGAGCAUUCGUAUGAUGAUCCAGAUUUCAAAGUUUGACACAGUUGUUUGUUAAUUUUAAUGGUGGAUUUAUCUCAUUUGAAAGUAAAGCAUGAUUAGGAGAUCUUAUCUAUGUUAUUUUCUAUGAUCUGGCUGCCAUGUGAGCUGCAGAAAUACCAUGCAUAAACUCACAUGAGAUUAAGAAUGUAAAAUCCAAAGCAUUUUACAAUUAGAUAUUUUUAGCUUUUUAAUUUUUCAGAGUAAAUAUAUUGAAUUACUGGUUCAUACACAGUUCAGCAUGGGAACACGUGGUCAUCACUACGAUUUCCUCACAGUCAUAUUUUAUACCCUCACUAACCCAGAUUUUAUUUAUUGCUGUUUUCUAGCAAUGCUUUGAAUUUGUCUCUUAAUACAAGCUCCAUAAACUGGUCAGUUUACACAUCUGAGGUUUGUAUGAUUGAUGUUCUCUUACUGAAAGAAAGCCGCCCACUCACCAUGUCACCAAAAUAACACCAAAACCAUGGAGCUAUGUGUUCAGUGAUGAGCACCGGUUUUAAUUUGCAGAUAGAUGUACUGUCUCGGAUUGAUUAAUCCCAUUUCUCACGGCAGAUCAGCAGCGAUGAGAGCUGAUUUAAUCCAGUGAGUGGAUAUUAAAGCAGGUCAUGCUUUCUCUACUUUCUAACGUCUUUAACUGGGAAAAUAAAAUUAACAGGGAUCUGAAAAAGGAUUCACUCCCACUCAAAUAUUUCCACUCUGAGGAAGGCAAGUCAAACUGGAUCAGCAUCUACACUGGUGCUGGCCAGUGAAUCUCAAGUCACCUAUGACGUUAAUGUAAGUAUUACCUGAGGGAACUUUGUGUGUUUGUGAGCUGAACAGGUGCUCUCGAGGGAAAGGAAGUAGGAUCACGUCUGAAGGACAGCACGGAUGCACCUGGGUCUCUGCAUGCAGCCAGGUGCUGAGGAGGAAGCAAAUGGAAGGGAUCCCAUCUGAAAGCUGACACUUAAGGUUCAGUGUGUAUCUACGAUGACCAUGGUAUCACGUUGCCACAAGAUUAAGUAUGUGCACACACAUUCACAGACGCACACAUGCUUUAAACCAAUCAUAUGUCCCCUUCGCUACCCAAAAAAGCUUUGUUGACUGCCAGAGUCGAGCAUCCUUUGAAGACACACUUGACCUGUUUGUACUGCUUACUCAUGGACAGUUUUUCUUACGGAGAAAAACCCAAUUAAUUUAAGAGGUAAAGGCCUAACACCUUUGUCUGACCCAAUUAGAAACUGCAGUAAUUGCCUCUCCAUAGCAACCAUGUUUUGGAGACUACAGGUAAUUUACUAUGGCAACUGGUUGAAGGGAAUGACUACCACACUUCCCUUAUCCCCAUGGAAACCACGCCCAGCUUGACUGACAGAUCAAACACAACAAAUCAGGAUGCGAACACAGAAGAUUAAAUUGGCAAUUACUGCACAAGGAAACACUUAAUUACCCAAGUGACAGUUAGGGUAAGCACACACUGAGACGAAGAAUACACUCUCCUGAUUUCCCCACAGACAGAGAGAGAGGUAACAAAAACUCAGGGGCACAGAGAGACACAGCAGACUGACAGGUGCUGACAAAUCACUUCAAACUGUCAGCCAGAUACUACUCAGAGGGAUAAUACACCUUGAAGUAGAAUUUCCAAAAUGUGUAUGAAAAGCGAAAACAUACUGUAUGGGAGUCCAUGAAAUCUGUUGGGCAUCUAACCCUUUGCUUUUAUUCCUUUGUAGUGAUCAUUAUUACCCAACUCCACAGCUCUACGGAGCAUUUUAGCAUCUUUUAGCUAACUGAUUUGGUUUUCACCGCUUCUUAUUCUGAUGCAGUUUUAGGAAAAAGCUUAGAUUAACCCACUGUGUACUACCUGCCCUCAAUAACACAGUCAGAUGGUGGCUCUGGUCUGUAUUCUGAUAUCGGUGUAGUAUCUUGUACAACAGAUGCACAAAUGGGCUUACAGAUUACAGUUUGCAUGUACAUAGCCUUUAAAACAUAAAGAGUAUAAUUCUGUAUGCCUUCAUACUUUAAACAUUUAUCAUUCAUUGUAGUUUGCUUUAUUUUCCAAGCUUUGAAAAUAAAACUAGCCCACACUUUGCCACUCAGUCCAACUUCUCACUUUUAUCAGAGCAAAAUAAUUCAGGAUUUGUUGUUCUGCAUUCUGACAAAGGUGCACACAGUUUAUCAUAUAGCACAUUGGCUCGAUUAUUAAUGUGUACUAAGAGCACGGGAAACAGCCACAGAUCUCACUGAAGCCUGCACAGCUGCACUGCUGCACCCUGCAAAACCACGCCCAUUCGGGUGAAAUAAGUUUUUAGAGAGUCCCAAACAGCAAGAUCUAUCCCACCUAAAACAGAGCUGAAAGAGAGUUAAAGGAUGGACCAACAGGUAGACACAAAUACUUAACUCUGUCUGCAGGAAUUUUUAAAUAGACACCAACUUCCUGGCAUGUUUGCCCUAUCAACUUUAUAAGGUGAUGUUGCGUUUACAACUACAAGCGGCAAAAUAAAAUAUUAACAGAAACAGAUGCACCUGUUUCUGUUAACAGGAGGACAUGCAGUAUUAUUUAGCCCAUAGUAACACAAUACUGUUUUCUAAUGUGAAUAUACAUACAUUUUUAAUUUAAUAAAUAUUGCCCACGCAUACUAUAUAUUACUGUAUAUGGAGAGGUCUACUGUCCCAACAGCUUUCUGUGGUAGCCAAACUAAAAAAUGUCCCUCCAUGUUAAACAUCAUCAACUCAGAUUUUCACUUUUCCAUAAUAUUCUCUGUCCUACCCCCUUCUGAUUAUCAGAAGAAUCAGCCCGCUUUCUAUUUAGAACAGAUCGUACUCGAACAAAAUACAGCUUGUGUUUUUUUCUAAGAACAAAAAACCCAUCACAAUCUCCUAAAAGCGAAGCACAAUCCUACGUAUGACUUUGACACAUUGGACACAUUGGACGUGUGUGUGUGUUGCGUCUCUUUUGUAGUAGAAACAGUGGGGAAUUGACAGUGCAGCGACUUCAUAGAGACUCUGCUUCGAUCCCCUCUGGUGUCGACAGACUCCGGGAGGGGGGAUGGAGAGCGAGUCGUGAGAAAUGGAUUUUGCUUUUCCACAAAGCACAGAGAUAACAAACACAAAGGGAUGUUGUAUGGCUGGGUUAAAUCAAUAGUAAUGUUUGACGAACAGAAGUGUGUUUAAACACAUGUAGCCACACUCACACAUAUACACACAUAUAAUGGGGUGCAUAUGACCAGAAACAUACACAUGGCAUACCGUAUGUUUGACAGAGAGGAAUUAGUGGUAAAGAUUCUUGUUUGUAUAGAGAAGUGUUGUCAGGGUCACUUAACAAUAGUGCACUUGUAAAGGGUUUAAAAGUGGUCAUCCUUUAAAGGGACCAAGUCAAUAACACAGGGUCAUAUAGGGUUUCUGUGUUACUGUGAGCCAUCAUGUCUGCUGUUAUAAUUCAAGUUGUCAUUACGUUUUUCAGAGGACAUUCAAAUCAUUCAUAGAUACGUUUUUGUGUACUUAUGAAUAUGUGCACGAUUUUCCAAAAAAAUAAUGUAUAGAUUCCUCUCGAUCAUCACGUACAAGAAGUGUGUGGUUACUUUAUAAAAAGGUAGCGACCAGAUAGUCACAUUUUCUUUCCUAGGAUGGUGAAGGCAUAACCCGCCCUACCCUCCCUCUGAUUGGCAGGUACUCAUUGACUUUGUUGAUUGGGUUGGGUAGGUUUAGGCAAGAUGAGUGAGACUAGGGUAAGAAUGUCAGGGUAAGCCAAUCAGAGGCAGAGGAGGGUGGGUACUAGCUUUCCAUCCUAAAAGACAAAAAAACGGGCGACCCAGGCAAGACUGUAAACAUCAUGUAUCCAAGAGGAAGCUAUGAAAAUUGCGGACACUACCAAGAAAAAAGCAAAUAUAGCAAACAAAGCGUGAAUCCAGGCUUGUAUUUCACUUUCUUUGGCGAUGUUGAUCAUAAACGGUAACCCACAAUUCCUGCGUAGUAUACCUUUGAUGUAAGAGCAGCCCCAAAAUGAACCCUUUAAUGCCGUUAUUAGUUUUAAUCCACCUUAAUGUUUUAAAGUGACUUCAAGCUUUAGAGUUUAGUGGUGCUGGUAGCAGGGCUGCAAUCACCUAUGUAAUAUUGGGGGGCAUUUUCAGUCGACACCUUCUUUGACCCUACUCUCCAAGGAGGUAUGGGGGAUAUUCCCCCCUGGAAAAAUCUUUUGAAACUUAACAGCUAAACUGAUCAUUUUAGAGCAUUUUGAAAUGAAAAUCUUAGAUCAGGGGUUCUCACUAUUUUAAAGACUGAGUGCCAUUUUUUUAGGGAGCCAGCAUAUGAUUGAGGGCCACACUGGAAAAGUACACAUGGUGACUUUCUUGUGACAUUAUUUUUCUGACUUUUUUAUGACACUUACAUUUAACAACAUUUAUAACAAUGGACAGUGACAUUACGUUGACACACAUAUUGCAUUGCCUGUUUCCCCUAUUUAAUACAUUUGAAUGUAAAGAAAUGGCAGCACCACUUGGACAAACCAGACACACAGAACUGCAGUGCACCAUAGUACUGGCACCAGUAGUAAUAGUGAUAGUGGCAAUUUCUUACAUUUAUUCAUGAUUACAUUUUCUCAUUUUUUAAAACAUUUUUUAUCAAUAUAUUGGAUAAAUCAACAUUUUGAGCAUAUUUGAAUGUUGGCUGGGACAAUAUUGGAGCCAGACUAGUUCAGUCUUUAUGCUAAGCUAAGCCAACCUGCUAGUUAGCUGUAGACUUAACUAUUAGCAGACAAAUGUGAGAGUGGUGUUGAUAUUUUCAUUAAGUUUUUGGCAGGAAAUUAACCAAGAAUAUUUGCCACAACUACUCCUUUAAAUCACGUUGUCCCCUGGCUGUUACAUCAAGCCAAAAAACACAGCCAUGAUUCCAGCUUAUUGUUAACAUCCUCCUUGUCACAAGACCCGCUCUUAAUUUAAAGGAUCUCAAGCAUGCUGAUCAGCAAUUAAGCAUUAAUACAUCACUUCCAAUUUGAACCCCAUUAGAGCUAUUCCUAAUUAGCCUACAAUCUUGCACUUGUUAUUAGAGUGCAUCUGUGGCUGCUGCUUCGGUGUGAGAGCGUAGCAUGCUCCUCGUGAGUACAUCCUUGUGUGUAACUGCUUGUGCUCGCAGACAUUCAGCAUUAUGCACCUGAAUAAUAACAUUAAAUCUGGAAAAAUGCCUUAAUUUGCAGAAUAAGUAUUUGGACACACUCAAUGGGUGAUUGACAGCCAUGUAAAAAAAAUGUUGUUCUUUCAUGAAUAUUCUUUCAACCGCUUUCCAAUGCAUUAGCUGUACUGCUUAAAUCAUGUAUUUAUCCUCCAUUAUCGGGCCCCUCAUCGCCUGCGCCGAGCAUGCCGUCUAACGUGCUGAUUAUAUAUUAAUGUGAUUUUCACAUUAACUCUUCAGACCUACAUGUAUGAAAAUGGCUGAAAAAGGGCUGUCAAGAGUGUAUUCAGCAGACAUAUUAAAUUGUUAAACCACAACAGUGAUGUGAUUUGGGUUAUGUAAUGUCUUCCAUUUUUUUUGUGUUUAAAAACAUUAAUUUCCCCAUAAAUAUUAAAGCAUGUUAAAGGAUUAAGAUUUUUAUUAGGUGUUUGAGUUUGGGUUUUUUUUUACUCUGUAUUGCGUAUUUUAGAUUAAGGUCUGUUAUUUAAAUCAGAACUGCCAUAUUUAGAAACCACAUCCACCAUAACCUCUAAGGAGUGUCAGCAAUUUAACAGUAAUUUAAUAAUUUACAGUAAUUGGUUAUUGUUAACUGGAGGAGGUCAUCAGUUUACAUUUUUUCCACUCAUUAGAUCCACUCAAAAUAAAUGGAAAAAAUAAUGCAUCCUGGAGAAACAUUGACAUUAAACAGGUAUAACUCUAUUGAAUAUGAAUACAGAGCACGUGUUAUAAUAUUGAUAAGCAAUAAUUAAUGUGCUGUUAAUGUUUAAUAUCUUUGAGGCUCAACAAACACGCAGACACUCCAAUGUAACCAUGACACAUCCAGACUAUUGUGGUCUCACAUGGGUCACAACAGUUAUUGAACUAAAGUUUAGUGCCCUUUAAUGUGGUCACAACUUUCAUCAGGUUUCCACAUAUCAAGUCUCAGGACUCUGACCUGCACACCUGAGCCGAACCAAGCUGUCGCUGCGUGGUGGCCUGACCUCCUGUUCAUCUGUCACUCAAAAGACCUUAUAUGAUGUUGCUGCUGACGUGUUGUUGGGGCUGCAUUCACCCCAGGAACAGAUGUGCCAGAGACAUUAUACACACACAGAGAUCACAGAAAACAGUGAGGAGGUAAAGACAGGUACACACUGAGACUAGAUAGGGUGGCUCUUAUAGCAGUGGGGGCUUAAUUAGAGUGAUAGAAGAACAAAUGAGAAAACGACAGAGGACAUAAUUUCUUGUUAUUUCCUUAUUUAGCAGCUGUCAGUAUUGUACUUACUCUGAACUGAGAGCGGAGACAGGCUUGUGUUCUCCGAGAUGUUGCAUGGUUCAGUAAUUGCCUGCGAAGCCUGUCAAUUAAAGUCAAAGCCAAAAGAAAAAGGACAAUUUGGGAGCUUGCUCUUUAGACUUGUUGAUAGCUGAUGGCUCAGAGGAGUGGAUAGCAGAACUGAUACAUCUUGGGUGGUGGACCAGUUCUGUUAAAACAAGCCAGUUAUUGCUGUAAAUUACAUUGAAUCAGUAAUAAAUGUUCAAAUCUUUUUUUUAUGUUUGUUUUAACACCAAUGUGGCUCAACGCACAAAAGACUUAAUUAAUACAGUUUGGUAAUCUCAUUAUUCCAGUUGAUUUAAUCAACAGCAGACAUCUCUAAAACAUCCAGUAUGAACCUAGUACAGGGAACUCUUUACCCAAAUCACCUUCAGUUUGAAGCUGCAGCCCACGUAGCCAAACAGGGGGCUGCCAAUGCGCUAUCUAAGUAAUAGUAGUGCUGGCUUACCAGAAGUAACACAUUGUCACCAAAGCACAAUAGCACAGUCAAAAGCAGCAAUUUAGAUGUCAGACGUCUGUGUAAAAGUGGUGUAAUAGCCAAGAACGCACCAAAGCUGUAUGCGAUUUUUUCCUCUUUUCACUUGUCUUCCCAGUCCGUUUGCUUACAACUGCCUGAACGAGACUGUGCACGCAGCCUGCUUGUCAGUAUUUCUUUUUACAGUUGUACACACUGUAAAUUUGAAAAGUGUGAUUCACAGCGGAGGAAAAUUACAGGCCUUUUCAUCUUAACAAAUCAUGGGAGAGAACUUAUUGUCCAAACUAGGAGGUUGAUGGGAGGAGGGAAAAAACAAAUUUGCAUUUAAACAGCUUGCUCUGUAAAGGACCUGUUCUCCGCAGAAAUGAUUUCUGAUAGCGACAAAGCUCCAUGAAAUUCACUUACACAGCAUUUACCUAAAGGUGCUACAUUUAGAGCAGCAAUAUAUCAUUGUAACAUCAAAUUUCAUUUGUCUAAUUAACAUAAACAACUGGGGGUGUGUUGAAGAGGAGUGGUAGCUAUCUUUUUACUAGCGUUGAUAUUAUCAGCGCUGAUGUCGAAAUGAAUGACCACAUUUCCCCUGAACCCCGUUCGCCCUGUCAAAUCGGCCAUCUAUCUCCCCUUGAGCUGCAAGAACGGCGCCCUCUUCCUCUUUUUUGUGCUGCAUAAAAAUCCAGCAGAUUUCUCCCAAAACCUGACCUGGUUGUCAGACCCGUUUUAAUUAUAGAACGUGUUGUAAAUAUUUAAUGAACAGAAAUACUGGCUGAGACUGAUACCACCUCAAGCAUGGACUAAUCCACCGCAUGUGCAGUGAUAGCUUAGCUUAUAAUAAAGCUCCAAACAAGCAAAGAAGAUGUCUUAGGUAAAUCAUCUUUAAACUGCAUGGUCCUGAGCUGAUUUCAUUCAUUACCUUUUAUUAUAUCAUGGUCUGGAUAAAUACUUGAUUCUGAUUGGCUGCAGGGUGUCUAUUAAUUCCUGAUAAUGGACACUUACUAAGUAGCUCCAGUCAAACUGUCUGUUCACUGUUCUAAAUGAAUGCACUGGCAACAUAGCACCAGCCUGUACCUAAAAUAAGUAACCACAGCAACUGGGACGCAGUCAAAGCCUACAUUUACAAUUUACUGCAACACGUGCUGUGGGGUGCUGGAGCCUAUCCCAGCUGACACUGGGCGAGAGGCAGGGUACACCCUGGACAUGCCGCCAGACUAUCACAGGGCUGACACAUAGAGACAGACAACCAUUCACACUCACAUUCACACCUACGGACAAUUUAGAGUCACCAAUAAACCUGCAUGUCUUUGGACUGUGGGAGAAAGCUGGAGUACCUGGAGAAAACCCACGCUAACACAGGGAGAACAUACAAACUCGCAGAGAAGGGCUCCCUCCUGGGAUCGAACAAGGAACCCUCUUGCUGUGAGGCGACAGUGCGAACCACCACAUCACAGUGCUGCCUCGUUACAUUAGGGAAAAGGUAGACUGUGAACAUGAAGGAAUGCACAUGGUCAACAACAGCAUUUAGGUCAAGAGCCCAAGAAAACUGCAGUUGACAGCAGAGAUGAUUGAUCUGUGGAUUUAUGUUGUUUAAGCCAAAUUCUGACCCUGUCUUUGACUUGGAAACAAGAUUUUGUCAGGCAGUUUUCACUCCUUAGCCAUGCUAGCACCGUGGCUCGUGGGAGGACAAUACGGAUAGAUUACUGAACGGGCCUUCUUGGCACAGGCCCAGGUGCUCAAAAUGAUCAGGAAAAGACUUAAAGUGACCACAAAGAGAUGCACAAAAUUACCUUUAAGAGACACAAGGAGACACAAAAAAUAAAAUGCAUUACAAAACACCUACAAAGAGACACACAAGGAUGCAUAAUGACUACAUAUGGAUGCAAAACCACCACAAAGUCUGUGUGUCUUUGUAGCAGAGGUGGUGGGGCCCUUUGUCUUAUAAUACACACCCAUGGAUGACAAUGUAGUUUUGACAGUUGGCCUUCCACUUUGGUCAAGACUGAAAUAUCUGAACAACGUUUUCCUGGAUUGCGAUGAAAUGAUGCACAGACAUUUACUGAAGACUCCUGAUGUUGUUUGUUCAUAGCUGACGUGAGUGUAACCCAGCACGGCCUCUUCUAUUUUAACUUGUCUGCUUCAAUGAUCGAUGAGUUGUGCAUUCAGAGGAUGCACAUUUGGUCAAAUCUUAAGACGUCACCUGUGUCUAAAACUCUGAAGCCGGUGCAUCUUUCCCUCAUGCUCAUAUUAACUUUAGAUUCAUGAUACUCAGUUUGAUGUUUAAGCAAACAUUAACUGACCUCUCAACUUAGCCGGCGUGCUUCAUACAUCUGCUUCAUUCACAUGUCAGACACUUAACAUAGGCACAAGCUGUUCACUUAAAAAAGAUGUUA